UUGAACUUGUAAACCCGGCGGCUACGGCCUGCUAAAAAGGAAGGCCCCUCCCCUCCCGCCGUUUCAUUGGUUGUUUCUUUCGGGGAAGGGCACGUGACCCUCCCCGGAUGUUUGGUGUCCACUCCGUGUGGGAGGCUGUAGGAGGGAAGUGGAUGGCGCUGCCGUCAGUUCACAGGUGCCUCCAACUCCAUCAAGAAAAUCAGUUGCUGCUUAAAAAGCUGAGGCAUGUACGCCUAAAAAACAAGCAGUUGGAAUAUGAUUGGGCACAGUUACAAGAACAACUGCAAGGGCAAAAGAAGUUACCGGUACUGCCUACUUGUGUCACAAAGAAAGAUGUGCCAGUUCAAACAGAAAUCCACUUACCCCUUAAAGGUGAUGGGUUUUAUCGUAAGGAACAUGAAGGAGUAAAGGACAAUGCUAGAGUACUCCAGUUGUACCAUAAUCUACAGAAAAGGUAUAAUAAAGAAUUAAAAACAAACCAAGGACAAUGUGAAACCAUUGCAAGACUUACUAUUAAAAUUAAUGAUAUGGAACACCAACUUCACUUAGCAAACCAAAAGAUGAAGGAGCUGGAAAGUAAAAAGAUGUUACCAAAGGACAAAACUGAUCCACUACAGAGAAAUAAUGGGUCUUACAAAUGUGUGUGUAAAAAGAAGGGGAGCUGUUCCUGCAAAUAUUUAGACCAGCUGCUUUUUGAGAUUCAGCGUCUGAAGAUGGAAAAUGAAUCAUUAUCUAAAGAAAGAAGAAUGUUGAGAAAUGAGCUUGCUGCGUUAGACAAGGAUUUUUUUGAUGAAAUCGAAGAUCUAAAAUAUGCACUUCAAGAAGCCAUAAAACUUAAUACUCAAUAUGAAAAGUAUUUGAAACAACUAAGUUCAACAUAUGGAAUCACUUUUACAUCAACUUUAACAGCUGGUAGCCAUCGUGGAACUUUAAAUAAAUCGUGGAAAUAAAAUGUUCAAUCAGGAUUAUGAAUAAACAGUUUAAUAUUGACUGUACUUUGUAAUAUUAACUUGCUUAUGAGGAAGGCACUUAUUUUGCAAUAAAAUCAUGACUUUGACCAAUUUUU